AUGGCUCCGAGAUACAGCCUCUCAGCCGAACCGGUCGGCAGCUCGUCCGACAGUUCCUACUCCAGCUCGCCGUCGCCCUCGUCACCACCCGCCUCUCCCAGCAGUAAGGAAAAGGGCAAGGCAAAGGCCGUAGCGCUCGACAGCCGCCGUCCAAGUCUUUUGAGCCCGGCUCUCUCCAAGCAAGAGUCCACCGUUAUCAACAUUGGGUCGCCUGAUGGCCCUCCCCGACUCAUCACCUACCUGUCGUCGGCCCAAGGCUUCAUGUGGAACCCUGAAAUCUUCCUCCCCUCGUACAUCGACUGCGACUACGUUCCUCUAGAGAACAGGCGAGACCCCGUACACGAGAUCCACCUCACGGACGAGGAGAUUGAGAAUAUGCUUCCGCACUGA